ACAAUCACAGAAAACACUAGGACUAGUAAGUGUCCUCGCCACAUAAAGUGGAAGGUUAUCAACUGUUCCACGAUAGGAACAUCAACGUAAACAUGUACAUAGUCAUUGAUUGUAGUCCUAAACCUGAUCCUAAUCUUGAGUUUAACCUUCCACAGUGACCUCAUGGAGCUUUAGGUGCAGCAGCAAUUAAUGGUUUUCAAUUAAAUCACUGUCAUUGCUAGCUAUAAUGCCAGCUAUGAUUUAAAACAGGAUUAUAUGAAUGCGCUUGUUCAAAAAUCUCCAAAUAAUCUAAGAUUAUCAACAAUAAGUGGAUUAAUAAAGAGGACUUUGCACUAAAAUAACAAAAAACAUUAUUUUCUGUUGUAUUAAUAACAGCAAGAGAAAAAGGGUUCAGCUGAAAGAAUGGAUGUUUAGCAUCUAAAUUGUAAGAAAUAAAUGAAAAUACUGGUGUAUGACCAUUGUAUUAAAUACAACUGUGAACAUUAACUGAUAUUCUUUCAUUAUAUUUGGUGACAAAGUCUUAGCUGGUUAUAUUCAUACUGUGACAGUUAUUCAUUCUUGCUGAUGGGCCUAAUUAGGUAAAAUUAGCUAAUUAUAUCUAUAUAGCUACAGAUAUAAAUAUAGCACAAAUAAAACAUCUUUCAGUGUGCUUCAUGAAAGAUUUGUUCGAACUCACAAGACAUUUCAUGUGACACCACAAACACAGUUUUGUCUGAUGCCUGAUGUGAACCCUCAGCUAUAUAGACAGCUGUGUAUCUAAAAAAAAAUCUGGAAUUAAAUAUAUAAUAGUGUAAUAAUCAAAUUGCAUUUAUAAGCAUGUAAUUUAAAACAAACAACAAUAUUCCGGACACAUCCAAGUUUUUAUACAUUUCUCUGACAUAGUCGGGAUACAUUAAAGAAGACCCUGAUAACAGCAGCUAAUUUUUUUUUUGCUGCAAUAUUUAAAGGACUUUGUUUUGAAUGUUGAUUUGCUGCAACUCUUUUGGUUGUUUAUUAAUGUAGAAAUAUGAUUAGUUUUAAAGUAACCAUUAAAUAUUAAAUGUAUUCAAAUCUAUUCAUAAUAUCGGACUAAAACGUAAAGAUGAAAACAACACAACAUACACAGUACGAUGUAUAUACCAGAGAUUAUUUUGAAACCAAAUUGCACACAGGUCCUUAUUUAAUGUGGUAUAUUUAUGUAAUAUUGCUAUUUUUGGCUCGAGAAACUUUUUUUGGCUCCUCUUUUGAUGUCAGUGUGUGGAAGUGUCCUCAAAUGGCAAUGCCACUUUACAGCAUUGUUCCCAUAAACGCUAUUGAUUGGUCAGAUGCCGCAUGACAGAUUCAGCUGUGUGGGUGUUUCUAGUGGAUUUAUAAUGGUGAAGGAGGGCAGACAAGAGGUAUUAAACAUUCCUGCUGCCAAAUAGACUAAAACAUCUAAGGUACAGGCAAAAUGGACAGCAUUAGCAAUAAAAAAAAUUUCUCUGUCUCAAAUGAAAAUGAUGAAGAUUUAGCGCUUGGUGACUGGAUACCUCCGGAUGCUGAGCUGAUACAAAAGAUGGUCUCUCAGAUUGAAUAUUACCUCUCUGAUGAGCAUUUGGUGAAGGAUGCUUUCCUUUUAAAGCAUGUCAGAAGAAAUAAGCUGGGUUAUGUCAAUAUCAAGUUGCUGACUUCUUUUAAAAAGAUGAAACAGUUCACCAGAGACUGGCGAGUCACAGCCCAUGCUCUCCGGCAUUCUUUAACACUAGAGGUAAAUGAACAGGGAAAUAAAGUGCGUAGAAUGGAGUCAGUCCCAGAGUCCAUCCUCUUUCAGGUACCGAGCAGACUCCUUUUGGUCUGCAAUGUCACAGAAUCAAAUUUGACAAAGGACAUGCCAAAUGGCAUGUCACUAUCUCACAAAAGCACCUUGGAGACUGCAAUUGCAAUUCUAGAGCCAUUUGGCACCAUCACCAUGGUUCGGGUCAACCAACCUGGCAGAGAUCUUCCACCAGAGCUUCAGAAAUACAGCUACAGAUACCCAGAGUUGUUCACAAAGGAAAGUGUGCUUGUGGAAUAUGAAGAUCUAGAAGGAGCUGGACGUGCUUACCACCAACUCUCACAGUCAGAAGGUAACAUGAGAGUACUCCUGGUGGGGAAAGCUUCCAAGAAGAAAGCUGUGGAUGUGGGUUCGGAGGACAGAAGUAAUGGAAAAGGGAUUUCAAUCCUAAACCAACGCAUGCUACAGCUUCAGACUUGUGGUGAAGACUCCUCAGCAUGCAGCUCCUCAGAAUCUGAGUUCGCCUCCUCAUCACCCUCAAGCAUCCCUCGCUUUUUCUCUGGCAGGGGAGGUUGCAGCCCCUUAAGUAGUCCACGUUCCAGGCCCAGAUGUGUCCAUGCAGCCAUGCCAGGCCCUCGCAUUUCACCCCUCUUAGCUUCAGAGGUCUGGGGCAGUCCAGACCCGAGUCCAAAUUUGCUAGAGAAGCGCAAGAUGUUUACCAACCAAAACAAACACACUCACACAAGGGCUCUGAAUGGAGAUGCUGUGCCAACUGGAGUCCUCCGUCUGCCUUAUGGUCCUGAUGGAAGUAAAGGUUUUCAUGCAAUCAUAGUUAGGAAAAACCCUCAUUGUUCAUUCAAAGUCUAAGUAACCAUUUAUUUAGUUCUAUUAAUCAGUUGUUGGCUAUUUGUGCUGUGUCUUUGUUGUUGAUUUGCUGACUUCAAAAUGUUAGUGUGUAUAAUAGUUUUGUGAUUGUAUCGUAAUAAACAUUUAAUCCAUUAA